GAUGGGGAGAGGAGCUUGCCACACAGUCCUGGUUGAUGCUUGCAGCUAACAGUGGUGUGUCUGUGUUUACAUGCUGGAGUGACUGAUGAACAGCAGUACUCAAGUCGGGAGGGUGAUUCCCUGUCAAAGCAUUUGCCAUUCAGAACACAGGAAAUUAGAAAUCUUCCCAAAUUUGUGCAGAUUACAAUGGGUUGCAAUUUGUGCACUUUUCAGAAGCGGGAGGAACACUACAAACUGCUGUAUGAAGUGGCACAGGUCAAUGGAAAGGAUCUCUCCAAAGCUACUCAUGAAGAAGCGGUUGAAGCUUUGCGAAAUGCUAAGGAACCAAUAGUAGUUCAGGUUCUAAGAAGAGCACCUGCUAAUAGAGCUCAUGGAAGCUCACAGGAGGUACAUCUUGUUAAUGUCAGCACACAGACCGACAUUACCUUUGAACAUAUAAUGGCUUUAGCCAAACUCCGGCCAUCUACUCCUCCUGUUCCUGACAUUUGCCCCUUUCUUCUCUCCGACAGCUGCCAUUCUCUUCAUCCAAUGGAGCAUGAAUUUUAUGAAGGUAAUGAGUAUCUUUCUAGCUUGCCUGCUGAUGGAGAGAGAACCGAAGACUUUGAGUAUGAGGAGGUUGAGCUAUGUCGCCUUAAUAAUCAAGACAGGCUGGGCCUUACAGUCUGCUACAGAACAGAUGAUGAAGAAGACACAGGCAUCUAUGUCAGUGAGGUUGAUCCAAAUAGUAUUGCUGCAAGAGAUGGUCGCAUUCGAGAAGGAGACAGGAUUUUACAAAUUAAUGGCCAAGAUAUACAGAACAGAGAAGAGGCCGUGGCAUUGCUGUCCAGCGAUGAAUGCAAGAAAAUUGUCCUGCUGGUUGGAAGACCAGAUAUACCGCUGGAUGAAGGGUGGAUGGAUGAUGAAAGGAAUGAAUUCUUAGAGGAAUUAAACAUGGAACUGCUGGAAGAACAACAUAACGAAGCUAUGCAGUACACAGCUAAUGAAGUGCAAGAGCAUAAAAAGCGAGAAGAAGAAGAUGGCACUACAGACACAGCAACUUCCUCAUCCAACAACCAUGAAAAGGAUAGUGGAGUUGGGAGGACUGAUGAAAGCCAACGCAACGACGAGAGCUCAGAACUAGAAAACACAGCGGAGGGUCCCACUAACACAUCUCUUCAAACAAACAGGGAGUUACGGCAAAGCCAAGAAACAAUAGGAAGCAUUGAAUUGCACUGUAAUGGAAGUCUUGCUUCAGGAGAGUACAUGGAUUCUGAUUUUGUUGGCAAUCAAGACGAAGAGUGUGACAGGUAUAGGCAGCUAUUAGAGCUUAAGUGCCAGAUUCGAAACCGAGGAGAGUAUGAUCUGUAUUACUCUAGCAGCACUAUUGAAUGUAGCACGGCAGAACAGGGUGGAGUGGAGCAUGAGUUACAGAUGUUGAAUGAAGAACUGAGAAAUAUAGAGCUCGAGUGCCAAAGUAUUAUGCAGGCUCAUCAACGCCAAAACAGAGAACAGAGAGAGGGCGUCUGGUCCAUCCAGGAAAAUGGAUUCCAGAAUUAUAACACCAGUACAGAUUUUCAGAGGGAUAAAGUGGGUGAGGUCAUAAAAAACCUGGAAAGAUCAGAUAAGGACAGCUCAAGUGCUUACAACACAGCUGAGAGUUGUAGGAGCACUCCUCUAAUUGUAGACAGAUCCCCUGACAGCUCUCUCCAGCGAAUAAUUAGUAUUACAAACAGAAAAAAUAUCAGAAGCACUAUUGUAACAAAUCAUUUAUCAUCUGGACUAAGUAAAAUUGAAAACGCACCAAACAAACAUAAAGCUAAUGAACAGAAUCUGAGUACUGAGUUUCGGGAUAAUGUGCUUGAGAGCAGGACAAUUUCAGAACUCAAGAAACAAAGUGCAGAGGAAAUUCCAUACCUUUCCCCUUAUCACAGUUCUACAUAUAGAUAUGGAAAUAUACCCAUUCAUGCAAGACAUUAUCAAAGUUACAUGCAACUUAUUCAACAGAAAUCUGCUGUUGAAUAUUCACAAAGCCAGCUUAAUUUGGUCACCAUGUGCAAAGAUUCACAAAGGUCAGCAGAGCCAAGGAUGGAAUGGAAGGUAAAGAUCAGAAGUGACGGAACAAGAUACAUCACCAAAAGACCAAUACGAGAUAAGAUUUUAAAAGAACGUGCCUUAAAAAUCAAGGAAGAGAGAAGUGGAAUGACUACAGAUGAUGAUACAAUGAGUGAAAUGAAAAUGGGUCGUUACUGGAGCAAAGAGGAGAGGAAACAACACCUUAUGAGAGCCAAGGAGCAGAGGAGAAGGCGAGAGUUUAUGAUGCGUAGCAGGUUGGAGUGCCUAAAAGAAAGCCCUCAAAGCGGCAGCGAGAGCAAAAAAGAAAUUAGUAUCAUUGAACUGAGUCACAAAAAAAUGAUGAAAAAACGUAACAAAAAGAUUUUGGACAACUGGAUGACAAUACAAGAACUUAUGACACAUGGUGAAAAGUCUCCUGAUGGUGCCAGAUUACACAAUGCCUUUUUAUCAGUCACUACUGUUUGAGUAUGGCUGCCAAGAAGUAUGCUACCUUUUUAGGUAGAGUACGAUUGCCUCGUUCAAUGUGGCAUUUUUAUAUAUAUUUUGUGACUGUUUAUAGUUUCAAUUUUUGUAAGCAAAAGUAUUGGGCAAUUUUACAUUUUGUUUUUUCAUAAACAAGUAUGAUCAAUAUUUCAUUACCCGUGAAAAUAUUAAGAUAUACAUUUUUUUUAACAAAAUGAAACUUGAAAAAAAGCCAUUUGUUUUCUUACGAUUAUGUAUGGUAUCUGUUGUAAAUUUCAUUCUGGAUUUAGUCCUCUGAUUUUUUUUUCUACUUUCAUGAUAAUAUAAAUACCAAAAGAAACCGUUUUGUAUCUUUGCUUUUUUUUUGCAUACGCACAACUAUACUUCCUUUGUAGACUUUAUAUUGUGCCACAUAUCAUCUUAUGGUUACAAACAUGUUUGGUUAAAACAUGAAAAAAUGUAAAUUACAGCUGUGUUUGUCCAAGUCUGGUGUCAGUGGGCAGCAUUACCAGGAAUUGUAUUGGCAUCAGUCAUGUAGCUAGAUAUGAUAACUGUUAAAAUGGAAGAAAAAUAAAUUAUUAUUCAUCUUUGACAAAAUG